CCCGCUUGGACCGAUAAGAUAACCUUGAUUGGCCCCACCAAAAUUUUACCAUUCCCGCAUCGGUCAUCCGCUGCGGGCGCCGUCUUCCACUGCAGUCUUUCGUUAUCUCGGCUGCUUGCGACUCGAAGUGCCUCUUCUGCUUUUCCAAUUCAGCGCACUCCCGUCACCUUUUCCUGUCGUCUUUCCACUUUCCUCCCCAUUCCCAGAUUAGAUCCUCCAUACCACAGCCAAGAUGCCCAGGGGAAAGUGGAUUGACAAGAAGACGGCGACGCACUUCACGCUUGUGCAUCGUCCGCAAAAUGACCCCCUUAUCCACGACGAGUCGGCACCGUCCAUGGUGUUGAACCCGACACAACGCCCCAAUGCCCACAAGUCCGGUGACCUCAGUGCCCUCGCCUCCGAGCUCGGUUCCGAUGCCAUGAGCAUCCGUGACAACGAGGGUGAGGCCGCCAACUAUGGCGUCUACUACGACGAUACCGAGUACGAUUACAUGCAGCAUUUGCGCGACCUGGGCACGGGAGCCGGAGAGGCCGUUUUCGUCGAGGCCAAGCCGGUAGCAAACCAGAACAAGGGCAAGGGCAAGGCCACCCUUGAGGACGCCCUGAAGCAACUCAACCUCCAGAACAACGCUCAGGAUCUGCUCGACGAGGAGAUCCUCCCCAGCAAGAACCUCCAGAGACUCACCUACCAAGCACAACAAGAUGUUCCCGACGCCAUUGCCGGUUUCCAGCCAGACAUGGACCCUCGCCUACGCGAAGUACUGGAGGCCUUGGAGGAUGAGGCCUACGUGGACAACGAGGAGGAAGACAUUUUCCAGGAAUUGGCCAAGGACGCAAAGGAGAUCAACGAGCACGAGUUCGAGGAGGCUUACGAUGAGUUUGAGGAUGACGGCUGGGAGUCGGACCACACGGUCAAGGCCAGCAAGGAAUACAGGCGCGGCGACGACGACGAAGUACCGGACCUUGUCGACACAAGUGCCGGACAAGAAGGAGAAGGGUCAGGACCAUCGGGUGACUGGUAUGAUGCUUACAAGCAGUACCAGCAGGACAAGAAGGCGGAGAAGAAGAACAAGGGUCCAGCAGCGCCAUCAGAGAUGCAGUCCUCGAUAUGGACGACGACAACGAUGGGUGGACGCAAGAAGAAGAGAGCUGGUGCCAUGACCAACCCGUCCAUGUACUCGAUGAGCUCCUCGGCGCUUGUACGGACAGACGCUUUGAGCAUUCUCGAUGGGCGGUUCGAGAAGCUAGAGGAGGAGUACAAUGCUGACAUGGACGACUUGGGUUCCGUCUCGGGUGUCUCUGCUGUUUCAACUGUUCAGGGCAACGUGAGGGCCGAUUUCGACGGCAUGUUGGAUGAGUUCCUAGAGAACCACUCGGCGGCCGGAAAGAAGAGGGUGAAGAAGGGCAAGUAUCAGAGUGGCCUUGAGCAGCUGGAGGAGAUCAGGAGGGGGUUGGGACCUGCCAGACUCCGUCCUUCAUUUAUCUAAAAAAAAAAAGUGUGUUUGGGGCGUUUAGGGGUACGGAAAACAUAAACGGGUGCAUUGCGAGUUGAUAAUUGAAGUUAUGAAUGAACAAGGCGCAGAGUGCCCCUGUGAGCUGUGACCUAUGAAGUGUCAACACACUCAACAUUUGGUGAUAUCUUAUCUUUGAUCUACCCCAGAUUUGUGUUUUGACG